AUGUCCCGCCAAUUUGUCUUUGCCCGCCUGCCGCUGCACACGGCCCAGAAGCGCGACGAGCUCCUCCGGGUCGUCGCGCCCGUCACGGCGUUUGCCCACGCCGGCGAGCCGGGCGUCAGCAAGUACGCCGCCCUUGUGGCGCGCGACGAUCCCACGGACGCGGCCCUGUACAUGAUUGAGGAGUACGACGACCAGGCCGCGUUUGACAGCCACGUGGCGACGGACAGCGUGGGCCGGUUUGUGCAGUGGCUCGGGGUGCCGGGCCACGUCGACGGCGCGCCGGUCGUCUGGUUUACGGCGCACACGGACCUCGAGUACGUGUCGCCGCAGCUCGACAGGGCAACCGAUGCGUAUGUCGUGGUCAGCACGUACCGCGUACCGAAAAAGGACGUACGCGAGCAGUUCGCGGGGGCGUUCACGGCCGCGCGGCGUCGCGGCGCGCUCUGGUUCGGCGUGUACACGGACAAGGAAAAGGGGUCGGACGUGGUGGUGACGGCCGAGGCGUACAGCACUGUCGCGGGCUAUGCGGGCCCGGCGUCCCUUCUCGGCGCGGGGGCACACGUGGCGUCGACGGCGGUGUUGCAGGUGAAGCACGGCUUUUUGUACAAGCGGGGGGUGACAAGUGCAUUGUAG